CUUUUUUUUUCACAAACUAAUCCUCUCUCAAAUUUACUCUCAAUUUCCUUCCAAAAUUCUCUCAAAUCCAUAUUUAAUUUCAAUUUUCUCUCAAGUUCCUCUUAAAUUUCUCUUAACUCCCUUUUUUUAAAUAAUUUUAAAUUUUUUUUUAAAAUUUUUUUUAAACCGUAAAAGUUUGUACGAUUUCAGCAAUGGCCGAAGAAUUGACUCGUCUUGAUAAGCAUCACAUAUCGGUGGAACAAAUGAAAAUGGUAAGUAUUAAAUUUAAUUUUUAAAUAUUAUUUAAGAAUUUUUUAUUUGUUAUAAAAGUCUGUAAAUCGGGUAUUGGAAUGCAAUAUCCGGAAUAUGCAUGGUCCUCCAUCACCGUUGGUAGAGAACUACCUGCGGGAAGCGAGUUUUUGGCACGUGGCGAUGGUAGGCCGGGGAUGCAAGGUGGACCCGAAACUAAUCAGUGCGUUGAUCGAGAGGUGGAGACCCGAGACGCACACAUUCUAUCUUCCAUGUGGAGAGUGCACUAUCACUCUAGAAGAUGUUAGUCUGCAAUUGGGAUUACCGGUGGACGGGUACCCAGUCACCGGGUCUACCCAAUCUAGCAAUUGGGGGGCGGUGUGCUACGAGCUUUUGGGGGCUAUUCCGGAGAAAAUGGAGGGAGGUAAGAUCGAGAUGGGCUAGUUACGUGACAUAUUCCCUGAUUCGGAUGAAGAUUCAACCGAAAUUGAAAGAAUCUGAUAUGCUCGGGCAUACAUUCUUCACUUAAUUGGAGGUUAUCUGAUGCCCGACAAGUCACGGAGCCGCGUACAUCUAAGAUGGCUGCUGAAACUCGUUGAUUUUAGAGUAGCCGGUGAAUUGAGUUGGGGGUCUUCCGUCUUGGCAACGUUAUAUCGGGAGAUGCGCGGUGCGACGCGACCGAGGAGAGCAAAAAUCGAAGGUUGCCUGUCACUACUACAGUCAUGGGCACGGUUUCGCUUUCCAUUUCUACGUCCUCGAGUGGACCACCCAUAUACAUUCCCACUCAUAACGAGGUGGAACCAUCCGGCAAGUCAUGCUCGAUUACCUACCUCUCUUGAAGAUAUACGGCUUCUAUUGGACCAACGGUCGGAAGCACAAUUUCAAUGGACACCAUACGAGGAUUCGGCAAUUCGAGCAGUAAUCCCGGAAGAGUUUUUACAAAAUCCACAAGCUUGGCAUGUGAAAGUCGUGUUGAUCAACUAUGCAACCAUGGAGCCGCACCAGUUAGACAGAGUGCUACGAUAGUUUGGAUGUAGACAACCGAUUCCCGUGGAUCCUGAGGUGUUUGACGAUCAACACAAAGUCGACCUUUGGCAAUUGAAUACGGAUUGGCCGAGAUACUGGUCCGAGUACAUGAAAAUGUGGGAAGAUCGGUAUGAAUAUAUACCUACUCGGGAACCAAUCAUCGUUUCGGAGUUAGUGUGCGUUCCAGAAUACAUGCCAUGGUUUAGGAUCAAUGGCAAGCCGUAUUUACUGACGCUAGACGAGAGGCAGCGGCAAAUACGUGUCGAAAGGGAAAGAUGCGGGCCUCUAAAUCCAAGACGACGAAGGCAGCCCCUCAACGAGGCCCAGAAAUUCACCCGGCUCAUCAUCAGCGGCCAUGUAAUCACCAGGCCCAACGAGAGCACCGACACAGUCACCCGACGCAGCAGUUCAACCAAUGAUACCCACGCAACCAGCUUGUCAGAUGAUGCCAAGUGCGUUUCCUAGCCCUUAUAUGUAUCCUAACCCUUAUAUGUAUCCCUUUCCGAGUCCUAUGGCAGGUUGGAGCCAAAUGCCCGGUUCAGCUCCAUUUCCUGUUAUGCCGAGUAGACCGCCGAUGUAUAGGCCAGCGGCGCACGAGGGAUCGCAAGAGGGGUUGUCGGGGAGCUCUCCUUUUUACCAAUCCCCACCAACGUAUGGGUUUCAAACACCGUCGCCGUUCGUGAUGCAAACACCUCCAUAUACACUAUUCUUUGAAGGUGGAUCAUCGUCCCAAGUCCGACAACCAGAUGUCGC